UCAUUUCAAUUAAAUGGGGUUACUUUAUCGAGGGCGUUAUAACCUGGAAAUCUUGCUAAAAAUAACGUGGCGGAAUUAGUUUAUAUUGAUUGUUUCACUCGGGCGAUUGAUGAGGAGGGACACUAAGCGAAAUACAUCGGGAGCACAAAACCCGAACAUCAAUGGCAGAAAAUAUGAUCAUCAGGGUUCAGUCCCCGAACGGGAUGAAGAAGAUCCCUGCCACCAAGAAGGAGACAGCAGCCGCUUUCCUCAAUAAGGUGGGCAAAGAGUUUGGAUUCCCCUCCAACGGCUUCACCAUCUUCCUGAACCGUAACAAGACUGACGAGAUCCAGUCCCAGAAUAAGACCCUCAGCCUGCUGAAGAUCAAACAUGGAGACAUGCUCUACCUAUACCCCUCGGGCUCCCCGGGACCGGCAGGAGAGACCAUGGACCUGGCCACGCCUCACUCGUCAUCACUACCCUCUACCUCCCAUUCGUCCUCUUCUUCAUCGUCCAUGAUGUCACGCUCCCACUCGGCGCCCCAAAUCUCCGAGGACGAGAUCGACCAGUACCUGGCCAAGCAGGAGGGAAAGAUCUACAGGAAUAAAGAUCCACAGCUGUGUCGACAUGGAUCGAUGGGAAAGUGCGUGCACUGUGUGCCCCUAGAGCCUUUUGACGAAGAGUACCUGAGUCAUCUAGAGCCACCUGUCAAACACAUGUCAUUCCAUGCCUACAUCCGCAAGCUGACAGGAGGCGCUGACAAAGGGAAGUUUGUGGCCCUGGAGAACAUCAGCUGUAAGAUCAAGUCGGGCUGCGAGGGCCACCCUCCCUGGCCAGAGGGGAUCUGCACCAAGUGCCAGCCCAGCGCCAUCACCCUCAAUAGACAAAAAUACAGACAUAUAGACAACAUCAUGUUUGAGAACCACACCAUCGCAGACCGUUUCCUGGACUUCUGGAGGAAGACGGGCAGCCAGAGGAUGGGCUACCUGUACGGCAGGUACACGGAGCACAAAGACAUCCCUCUGGCCAUCAGAGCUGAGGUUGCUGCCAUCUACGAACCCCCGCAGAUUGCCACCCAGAACAGUCUUGAGCUGGUAGAGGACCCUAAAGCUGCAGCCGUGGAGGAGAUUGCAGCCAAGCUGGGCCUGCGCAAGGUGGGGUGGAUCUUCACUGACCUUCUCUCUGAGGACACCAGGAUAGGCACGGUCAAAUACACCAGGAACAAGGACUCGUACUUCCUAAGUGCGGAGGAGUGCAUCACGGCUGGACACUUCCAGAACCAACAGUGUAACCCCUGCAGACUCUCACCCGACGGACACUUCGGGUCCAAGUUUAUCACUGUGGUGGCCACAGGUGGUCCUGAUAACCAGGUGCACUUUGAGGGUUACCAGGUGUCUAACCAGUGCAUGGCCCUGGUCAGAGAUGAGUGUCUACUGCCCUGCCGAGACGCCCCUGAGCUGGGCUACGCUAAAGAGUCCAGCACAGAGCAGUACGUACCAGACGUCUUCUACAAGGACAAAGAUAAAUUUGGCAAUGACAUCACAUAUUUAGCCCGGCCCCUUCCUGUGGAGUACCUUAUCAUAGAUAUAACCACCACCUUCCCUAAGGACCCCCAGUAUACCUUCAGCUCCACACCACGCUUUCCCAUAGAGAACAGAGAUAUCCUGGGAGAGACACAGGAUUUCCACAGUUUAGCUACGUACCUGUCCCAGUGCACCUCGACUGUAUUCCUGGACAUGGUGUCAGACUUCCACCUGCUCCUCUUCCUGGUCACCAACGAGGUCAUGCCUCUCAGGGACAGCAUUGGUCUGCUGUUGGACGCUGUGAAGACGAAAGACGAGGAGCUGGCUCAGACCUGGAAGAAGUCUGAGCAGUGGGCCACUAUCGAGCAGUUGUGCAGCACGGUGGGUGGGCAGUCAUCGGGCCCUCAGGAGUACGGGGCCAUGGGCGGGGGCCCCUCUACCCCAGCAUCCUCCUCGGCGAUGUGGUCUUGUCUCCACUGCACCUUUAUGAACCAACCAGGCACAGAGCUCUGUGAGAUGUGCAGCCUGCCGAGGGGUUAAACCCCACCCCUGCCCUGGCCCCCAUGUUUCCCGAACACCUCUACCCACCCGCUUCCCUAAUCCACCAACGACUUCGCACCGGGAUUGGACACUGCAAACAGCUGCGUGAUUGGAUGUCUCCUCUGACCC